GAUUGGCUCUUGCGUAGCUGUGACGCCUUCGGUGAUGAAGACAAGCUGAGGCUGUGACGUCACACCUCAUCUUCGUCUUCGUCUGGGUUAGAUAUGCAUUUGCGUAUGUCGGACUUGGAAGACAUCAUCGCAUAUAUAUAAUCAAUAUCGCUCGAAUUUAAAAGUACCUAACCUAAGCAUAUCAUUGAAAUCACCAUCGCCACAAUUCAAAUUCAGGUACCUACCUACCUCCUAUCCACCAAUACCACACAACACACCAACAAAACAUCUCUCUUCGCAAACAUGCCUCUCGAGAAAAAGUCCACCACCCAAGACUCCGGCGUAACCGGCGCCGCCAAGUUCGUUACCAGCACCGUCGGUAACGUCGCCGGAGGCGUAGGCCGAACGGCAGGCGGCGUAGUCGGUGCCGCCACUCGUGGGCUCGGCGACACCAUCACAAGCGCAACGGGGUCAGCCGGCAAGCCCGUCGGCGACGCGCUAAGCUCCGUCGGAACUGGCGUUCAGAAUGGCGCCGAGAGCGUGUCCAAGGGCAUCGAGAACGCGGGUCAAUGGAAGCAAUAAGUGGGCGUCAACGCAACCACAUAACGAAAAACAAAAACAAAAACAACAACAACAACAACGCACAGCAGUUACGCUGCCGGGAAAUAAACAAACGUGGAGUAAUAUGCUGGAAAUAGGCGUGUACGAUACUGUAUAGGUUAGGUAGUUACAUGAAGAUGGGCUGUAUUAUUAAGUACACUGAUACGGAACGUGCUGGAUGAAUGCGCCAUGAAGACAAAUUGAAUUUUGAUAUAUAAUACCAUAUAUUGCUCA